AUGCCCCGGCUUGUGCGCCGCCAACCGCUCGCGGAGCGCAUCAGAUCGUACUUGAAUCCACUGGACUUUCUGCUAUGGCUGUCAGAGGAGAUUGAUGUGAAUGCUUGGGAUCAGUUUGAGAAGGAGUGGGCGCUGCCUUUGGGUGUUGUUCUCAAUUUAGCCUUCCUCACUGCGAGGGCGAACAGCCGGUCGAGUGGCAGCAGGGCCAUUGAMGAUGUCUUCGGAGAUGAUGGCGGAGUGCCUUGGAUGAGCUGGUUUGCUUCCUUCAUCGUCCACCUACUCGCGUGCUUCAGUGCGUUGAACACUUUCUACACCUUCUAUCGGAAGCGACUCUAUCGUCUGUUUGAGGCUUCGAUAGAUCAACCACCGGCUACACCGUCGGCUCGCCGUGUCCGUGUCGAUUCAACACCUAUGACAGCUUCGCCAUUGCGGUACUUUGCAAACGUGAUUGCCGGAUCUGCUGAGUCCCGGGCGCAUCCCGAUGCGCAUCGGGAUGUCUGGGAACUUGCAGUCUGGGAUCCUCUGCCGAUUUGCCUUCGACUGUUCUGCCUCUUCAGCCCCGGACACGUCCUGGUAUACUGGGUAUUCCUACCUACGCAGCUGUCCGAUCCCCGGCCAAGCGUUACUAUCGUCACGACUAUCUUCAUUACAACUCUGCUGUCUGUGCAGAUGUCAUUCCUCUCUUCCUCGUUCACUCAGCAAGCCAAGGAUUCCAUGGUGGUUCACAAGGAGGUCCUCAAUGAAUACGACACCAAAUUUGUCCAUCCGCGGACCCAGCCCGUCAUGAGAGAUGUUGGCACUCAGUUCUCCGACCCCAGUACCUCUCAACCUGGUUCCGAUGCCAAGUACAACAAGGUGGACACGUUUACUCCUACCCGUGUGAUCCACCGAGGAUUCAAAACCAGUCCCAAUCCGAACUAUGUCAGUUUUGUCGACCCCGAGGGGGCGUCCGCCAGACGACAGACAUUCGCUACGCCAAAUACUUCUCACAACUAUACAUCGCUGCAAACACCCAGUCAUUUGCGAGAUGCCUCCCCGGUUGUACGAGGUCCCGUUGCCUCCAUACGCCAACCGCACUUCCGACCCACACCUAGUGCUACAGGCGACGGCGGCAGUUUGGGGGUCUUCUCGCACGCAAAUUCCCCCUUGAGGCGGUCUACGCCGGCCAAUAUCGACCGCCGGGUUCAGAAUUCCGAUUUCUUAUUCAAAGACCGAGGUACUCCUAUGAAGAGGCUAUCAAGUCCCUUAAAAAAGAGCAAUGUGCCCGGCAGUGCAACUCCGUUGACCUCGACACCGAGACGGACUCAGAAUGACCCUCGUCGUGAAACGGGCCGGUUCUGA